AUGGUUAAGCUACAAGAAGUCGAGGACGAGCACUUCACUCACAAGCCCACCCAGCAUCCCAAGAGUGGUGCCCUCCUCGAGAGCGACGAUGAUGAUGAUGACUUCACAGAUACCGACUCCGAAUUCUCCACCGAAUCCUACGACGCCCUGCCCGAGGACGAAUCAUUGUAUGAAAGAAUCGCGGCCCUAAAGGACAUCAUCCCCCCACAAUCCCGACACAGAAUCUCCAGCUCCAUCUCCUCGCUCACCUCCUUCGCCAAAUCCACCAUCUCCUUCGGCGGGAAGACGCUCUGGGUUCUUAGCACGAGUGCCUUCCUGCUCGGUGUUCCCUGGGCCCUGGCCCUGGCCGAGGAACAGCAGUAUGUACAGAUGGAGAGGGAGCAGGGGAUGAUUAAGGGGGCUAAUGAGAUGUUGACGCCCGGUGCCGCCAGCGCUCUUACCAACCCUGAUGGGAAGACGGAGGGCCAACCAUCUCUGUAG